CGGAGCGCACAGGCACACACCGGCCGCAGCCCAGUCCCGGGCCGAGAGACUUGUUGUAUAAACUAUUAGUAAAGGUGGGAGGAAAAAGUUGCUCCGCGCGUGUUUUCUACAGUUUUUCCUCUCUGUUUGUGUUGUUGACACGUCGCUCUGGUUGUGGAAUGGUUCACGUUUCCUCUGAGAGCUGCCUGAACUGUGAGAGAAAGUGGUUUAUGUCCGCUCUUUAAGGUACUAGCCUUAAACUAUCCAGACGCUGUAACUCCAGACUGUUGCUGCACCAUGGUGAUCAUGACAGAGAACAGCCGGGGGGCUCAGUCCAGCCCUGCCCAGGGAAGGCCCCUGCAGGUCGGCUUCUACGAGAUCAUCCGCACCCUGGGGAAGGGAAACUUUGCAGUGGUGAAACUGGCCAAACAUAAAGUCACGAAAACACAGGUGGCCAUUAAGAUCAUUGACAAGACCCGACUGAAUCCCUCCAACCUGGAGAAGAUUUACAGAGAGGUGCAGAUUAUGAAGCUGCUAAACCACCCCCACAUUAUCAAACUCUACCAGGUCAUGGAGACCAAAGACAUGCUGUACAUUGUGACAGAGUAUGCGAAGAACGGAGAGAUGUUUGACCACCUGACCUCAAACGGCCGUAUGAGUGAAGAUGAGGCACGAAAGAAGUUUUGGCAGAUUCUUACAGCCGUCGACUACUGCCAUCGACACCACAUCGUUCACCGUGACCUAAAAACCGAGAACCUGCUGCUGGAUGCCAAUAUGAAUAUCAAGCUGGCUGACUUCGGAUUUGGAAACUUCUACAAUGCAGGGGAGCCUCUGUCUACAUGGUGUGGCAGCCCGCCCUAUGCUGCCCCUGAAGUGUUUGAAGGGAAAGAGUAUGAGGGGCCUCAGCUGGACAUUUGGAGCCUCGGUGUGGUGCUUUAUGUUCUUGUCUGCGGCUCUCUUCCAUUUGAUGGACCCAGCCUUCCUGCACUCAGACAGAGAGUCACUGAGGGACGAUUCAGAAUCCCUUUCUUCAUGUCCCAAGACUGUGAAAACCUUAUCCGUAAGAUGCUGGUAGUGGACCCAGCCAGGAGGAUCAGCGUGGCCCAGAUCAAGCAGCACCGCUGGAUGCUGGCAGACCCAACAGCAGCUCACCAGACCCUUAGCCACUCCCUGACAGAGUACAACUCAAACCUGGGGGACUACAGUGAACCUGUGCUGGGCAUCAUGAACACACUGGGCAUCGACCGCCAGAGGACCAUCGAGUCUCUGCAGAGCAGCAGCUACAAUCACUUCUCUGCUAUCUACUACCUGCUGCUGGAGAGAGUGAGAGAGCAUCGCACUCAGCAGCUGAGCCGCCAGUGUGGGACCUGGAGCCAGAGACCCAGGAGCACCUCUGACUCUACCGGCCCAGAGGUGAUCAUGGAGUCCACAGAUAACUUUAGAACCACAGCAUUUUCAAUUCCAGCCAAAAGCAGUCCUCCAGUGUACUCGGAGAAGGAAUAUGACCAAGGUGGAUUGUUCCAGCGUGUGGUGUUUCCAGUGGAGGCCAGCCUGAACAGACUGCUCUGGAACCGCUCCAUUUCUCCCAACAGCCUGCUGGAGACCAGCAUCAGCGAAGAGGUGCGACCCAGAGACUUGGAGGAGGAGGAGGCAACACAAACUCUUGGGCCUCUGCUCCCUCCCACCACCACUUCCCGCAGACACACUCUGGCCGAGGUGUCGGCCCGUUUCCACCAGUGCAACCCUCCAUGUAUUGUGGUCAGUCCCUCAGAUGGUGCCUCUUCUGACAGCUGUCUGAAGUCCUCAUCCAGUCCAGCCCCCAGUUUGCAGGCUGCUAUGGGCGAGAUGUCAACACUUCUGGCCUCGGGGGCUGAAGGUGGAGCUCUGCUGCCCGCUGGAGCUCCCCUGGCCCUCUCCUCCCACCUCCUGCCCCAGGCCCAGGGCAGCCUGCCUGCCGCCAGCUUCCAGGAGGGUCGCAGAGCCUCUGACACCUCCCUCACUCAAGGCCUGAAAGCUUUCCGCCAGCAGCUGAGGAAAAACACACGCACUAAAGGCCUUCUGGGAUUAAAUAAGAUCAAGGGUCUGACGAGGCAGGUUGUUCCACCAGCCUCCUGUAACCGCGGCAGCAGAGGGUCACUGGGUCCAGCCCUCUCUGAGCACCGCAGCAUGCUGGAGGAGGUGCUGCACCAGCAAAGGAUGCUACAGAUCCAGCACCAAUCCCAGCCUCAGGUCCAAGCCCCUCAGACAGGGCCUACCCAGAAUCCCCUGCUCUUUCUGGCUCAGCAGCAGUCAUCCUCUCCGCCACCUACUACCGUGUUUGCUUCCUCCUCAAUGUUUGACACCCCCACCGCCUCCGCCCUGCCUCCUCAGCAAGCUUCAGUGGGUCUACAGCACGGCCCCUGGCCACAAACCCUCGAGGCUUCCUCCUCCGGCUGCUCCUCAUCCUCCUCAUCCUGCUACUCCUCUACUCUGUCCCCCGUGGCCUCCGCUGCUUACCUUCUCGAGGCCCGUCUGCACAUCAGCCAGCAAACCCACCCCCACGCCGGCCUCCAACAGCAGCCCCAGUCUGCAGCACAAGGCACCUUCCCCAUCAUGUCCAAGCCGGUGGUGUGGAGCAUGGGCUCGGCCUCCAGCGCGGACCCUGACAUGCAGGAGUUGGGUCUGGCUGCACAGCAGCAGCUCAGCAGCUGUGUGAUGGUGAAGUAAUACAUCAGCCAUUGAAACCAGCGAUUGUUCUCUCUGCGGGAGACACUCGCAGGAAAAACAUUGACUUGAUUUUGAGCUGAGAAGAAAAGAGAGUAGACAUGAGGAGAAAGAACAAAAAGCAGAUGCAAGCGACACAUUUACACCUUCUAAUCAACAACAUGCGGUACACAUGUGAGAAUGUGUCCACGUGUGUGUGUGUUGUGUUUGCUUUCAAUAUCAUAUAAGCUAAAGACGAAGCAAUAACCAAACUCUGGACAAGGUGUUAGACUCGUAUCAGACAGCCAGAGAAGCAAUAACAGACUGAGAGACUGUCAUCCAGCUCCUUGAUGGACUCGCUGGAUGAAAUAAGAGCCGAUACAAUGUCUCACAUGUUUUGAUGCUGUUUUGAAUACAGGAAGGCUCUUCCUCAUUCUUUUUUUUUUUCUGUUAGUCACUUUUUGUGUCAUUUCCUGUUCUUGAUGUUUUUCACUUGACUGAACACAAGACCAAAAGUCUUUUUUUUCUCAUUUCUCCCACUUCGUUCGCCUUUCUAAAGAGACAUUUCUCUGUAGCAGUGCAAUGGACAUGCAGCAUAGUGCCCUAAGCUUACAAACAUUCACUGAAGGAAUUGAUUUGUAUUGAAACUGUGAUAUUUUUUUUUCUGUGCAAGAUUAUUAUAGCUCCGCAAAUGCUGCUUUUACCUCAAGCUGCAAAAAGACUGCUACAGCCUCAUCAGCCAAAACUGAAGGUAGUAUCUCGCUGAUAGAGCAAAGCACAACAGGUACAUCAGUCUGCUUGGUAGCACCUUACAUAUGUGGGUACAUCCAUCCGUAUUCCCUUCGUUUGAUGAGCACCUUCUUGUUAGAUGCUUUUAUUACCUCCUCAGGCAAGAAACAGACAAACAUCAAUCCCAUUAUGUCAAAGGAAUGACGAUUUUCACAUGGUCAGAACAAAAACUAUGGGAACGGUGCAAUAUUUCACAUUGAAAUACAAAGGAAAGAUGAGGCUCUGCAUAGGAUGAUCAAAAUGUGCAUGCAUAUUUGCCUGAGGUUUUUUUUUGUUAUUACUUUUGAUUUUGUCUGUUUGCUGUGCUAGCUAGCUGACUAGAACAGGUACUAGUUAUGUAACAUAAUAGAUAAUACUGUAGAGGAACUGAGAGAAAGACUCAAGGCAUUUCAAAAUGCUGUCUCUUCACACAGCGUGCUCGUAGUUCUUUAGCUGAAAGGAAGAAUUUGGGUUUUACCAAAGAGUGAACAGCACAAGAGACGGGUGAUCUAUCACAAAUACACUACUGACUUCACUUUGAAUGCUGUCUCCAAAUGUAGCAUGGUGGUUCGCUAGCAUUUCCACAUGAUCUCCUUAGCUUUUGCUGUGAGAAAACUCCUGCUGCCACCAAAUCCUAAAUGCUACACGUGUUGUUAAUAUCUCAAGCUUUUACUAUCAGGACCAUGGCGGUGUUCAUUUUUGUACUUUUUUAGAAAAGAAGAAGAAAAAAAGAAAAGAAAAAAAUCAGAACAUAGCAAUACCAUGUUGUGCUGGAAGUUGAACUUUCUUCAGUUUUCCAUAAGUGGCUAGAAAAAAGUAGAAAUGAGCUUCAACAAGCUGAUUUAUUUCUGCAGUCUGUUCAGACGACAUGUUAGAAAGCUGCAAGAGAUGUGUUAUACUGUACGCUUAGUUAGUUCUCUCAUAUCUGUGAAACAUCUUGUAGAAGAGCAGUGUUUUUCCAAACCCAGUUCUACAUGGAAACAUGCAGUGUUAAUGUUUCUAUCCAAUAAUUUUUGGUUAAUUGCACUCACUACCAACACUUGUGCCUUUACCUGAACAAAUCCACGAUCAGAGGUCUCCACGUCUGAUCGUUACACUGAAGAAAGAAGGAUGAAUGGCUCAGUUACUGGCCAUUCACUCUGAAGCCCCUUUUGAUAUCCUUUCUGACCUCUCUCUCUGCUCUGAAUCUGACCUUUGAACUUACUUUGAAACCAGAAGCAAGAACUGCACUUUAUUCAUAUUUCUUAUUACUGACUUUUGUUUUGUUUUUGUUUCUCAUGAUGAAAAACUUCACAAAACUAUUGAAACACUAAGAGUAUUGAUGCAAAUCUGUAAGAUGACCCCUUUUGAUAAACUUUGGAUAAUAAGAAGUAUUUCAUUUUCAUUUCUUUUCCUGAUUUGUUACUUGACUGUGUGAACAUGUGCGUGUGUGUGUGUGUGUGUGUGUGUGUGUGUGUGUGUGUGUGUGUGUGUGGGCAUGUGUGGGCAUGUGUGUG